CCUUGUUUGGCCUUUUUGGCUAGAUCUUGUACCUUGCUUCAUCGCGGCCCUUGUUUUCCAUGAGCACUUUAUAAAGAGGCCACUAUUGAACUACAGAAGACAAAUCUGAGCCCCCUAGAUGCAUACUUAUAUAGAAGCAGAUGGAAGUUAGAUGGGUUGUGGCUCAGUUCUUUAAUUUAUAGAUGCCUUUACCCUAAAGGAAGGAGUACAUCGACUGUAUAUUGGUAAUGAUAAGUGAAAAUGACAGGCCGCUGGACUGUAUGCUGCAAUAAAAAGACCACCUCCAAGAAUGGAAUGCCUGAAAUGGACAAUGUGGUGGAAAACGUGGAAGGAAAAAUGAAGAUGAAGCAAGAAAUUACUUUGCUGAAUGGUGUCUCUUUGAUAGUAGGGAACAUGAUUGGCUCUGGAAUCUUUGUUUCACCCAAAGGCGUUCUAAUGUACAGUGGCUCCUAUGGACUCUCACUAGUCCUUUGGGCUAUUGGUGGGAUCUUUUCAUUGUUUGGAGCUUUAUGUUAUGCUGAAUUGGGAACAUCCAUUGUGAAGUCAGGGGCUAGUUUUGCCUAUAUACUGGAGGCUUUUGGUGCUUUUAUAGCCUUUAUCAGACUGUGGUCUUCCCUGCUAAUUAUUGAACCAACAACACAGGCAGUAAUAGCAAUUACAUUUGCUAAUUACAUAGUCCAACCAGUAUUUCCAUCCUGUGAACCACCAUAUGACGCAGUCAGGUUGAUCGCAGCUGCUUGUAUCUGUUCAAUAACAUUUAUUAACUGUGUCAAUGUGAAAUGGGGAACCAGAGUACAGGAUCUUUUCACAUACGCAAAAAUUCUGGCCCUUAUUGUAAUCAUAGCUGUUGGUCUUUACAAAAUCUCUCAAGGGGAAACGGAAAACCUGAAAGCUCCAUUUGAAGGUUCGACAACGGAUGCAGGGUUUAUAGCACUUGGUCUAUAUUCAGCACUCUUUUCCUACUCUGGAUGGGAUACUCUAAAUUAUGUCACUGAGGAAAUGAAGAAUCCUGAAAGGAACCUACCAAUUUCAAUUGCAAUUUCAAUGCCUAUUGUGGCUCUUAUUUACUUGCUGACUAACAUAGCAUACUAUGUAGUACUGGACAUGGGCACUCUCCUAGCCAGUGAUGCAGUGGCAGUGACAUUUGGUAAUGAAAGCCUUAGUUAUGCUAAGUGGAUAAUUCCUAUUGCAGUGGCCAUGUCAUGUUAUAGUGGAUUGAACUCAUCAGCUAUUGCAGCUUCCAGGCUGUUUUAUGUUGGGGCUCGAGAAGGACACCUUCCUGACAGUUUGAGUUUGAUUCAUGUGAAGUGUUUCACCCCAGUCCCUGCUCUUCUCUUUAAUGGUUUAAUGACUCUGCUUUACCUUCUUGUGGAGGAUGUCUUUCUCCUUAUUAAUUACUACUGCUUCAACUAUUGGCUAUUUGUUGGGCUGUCUAUUGCAGGAUUAAUAUACCUGAGAUACACUCAGCCUGAUAGGCCUCGGCCUAUUAAACUCAGCCUCUUCUUUCCUAUAGUAUACUGUCUAUGCACCAUUUUUCUGAUCAUGGUUCCUCUCUACAGUGAUACAGUUAAUUCCCUUAUUGGAAUUGGGAUAGCCCUCUCUGGAAUUCCUGUAUAUUAUGUGGGGCUUUAUCUCCCACCUGAAAAGAGACCAAGAUUUCUUCGAAGGCUAUCUGCUAUGAUAACAAAGUAUGUUCAGAUGAUAUUCUACUGUUGUCUGACAGACCUGGACAUAGACGUAGACCCUAUUGAAGCAAAAGCCAAAUAAACCUGAGUCAACAUUUCCAUACCUGAAGCAUUUUUGUUGUCUGAAGUCCUUAGUGUGAUUUGGUUACACUAAAGCACCAACAAUUCCACUGUGCAUCAGUUUGAUGUUUGUUAAUUUGUGUUUAUUCUAUUAGCCCUUUCAGUGCCAAGGGUACUUACAAGUCCCUGUUCUACAGGAUUUUUUAACUUUCUGAUUGAUUAGUUUAUCAUAUAGUGCUUUGAUAUUAUAAAGCAGUGUAUGAAUAAACGUUUAGUAUUUUAUAGUAUUAAAUAUUACAUUAAUUAGAAAAGGGUUGCAAAGUCAUCAAAUGCCAGUUAGACUCUUGAGAAAUAAAAUGAUCAAUGGAAAAAAGGUAAAAUCAGAUAUUUACAAUAUUUAUGUUUCAAAACCUGAAGUGGGAGAGAAAGUCACAAUGUAAAAAUUUUAGCCAUUGUUUUACAAGUAGUAAAUCUGUUCUUAGCAAGAAAUUUUAAGUAUUCAGGCAAGCAUUCCAAAGAAUAAAUGCAGUGCUAGAAUAAAAAUAUUCCAAUUCAUAAACCAAUGUAAGAUCCAGGCAAACACAAUCAAUUCAAUUCAAUUCAAAGAAGAAAACAGAGAUGAUACAAUAGAUAUCAAAGUCUGAGUAGUAAAAGUUCUUUGAAAAAGCUUCAUCUGAUGAUAAGCAAUUAUUAUGUCUUUGAAAGGGAGGUAUCCAGAUUACAAACAUUAUCACAUGCUAGUAGUAAUGUAAUUUAUAACAGAUGUUUGAUCUCUUGCAGAUCCGCCUGCUGUAGCAUGAGUUACAGUAAUGAGUCAUGUUUAAUAUGAGUAUAUUCAGAGUUAAACCUAUCACUUUUCCACAAUGUGCCUGUUUUCCUGAGAAACAGGAAACCAUAGCCAUAAAAAUCAGUUUGUCUCUUGGCUUUAUUCAUAAGGGGGUGGGCAUGGCUUAGGGGUCAUCAGUGUUAUAAACUGCCAGUUAGCUGCCACCUAAUCCUAUAGCCUAUAUAGGUACCUAUGUUUCCACUGAUAAAAUCUACUGAAUUUCUAUCACUGGGAAUAAACAGAAUUACCCAAGCCCUAAUGCCAUAGAGCCCUCCUAAAUCUCAAAAGAGUUCAAAAAGUGUUUCCUACACAUAUCUUACCACUGGGCCCUAAUCCAUUAAGGAUGAGGAGAAAGAUGUGAUAUUCUUCUUUUUAUUCAGUAAUCUAGUGGUCUGAAUAUUCACUUGGAAGAUCUAGGUCCAAAUCCUCCCUCUGGCUAGUUUGGAGUGGGCAACUGUGACCAGAUUUCCCACCUCCCAGGAAAGUGUCUUAACCACUGAGCUAUGAACUAUUCUGAGGCAGUUCCUCCAUGAUCUCGUCUACUAAAGUUGUUCCACUUUGCAUCAAAAUAAUUGAAAAAUCUAUUAGUUCAGGGAGAAAAAGGGACUCCAUAGUCUGGUGUUUAGGGCACAUCCCUUAGAGAAAGGGGACCAGGAUUACAAAGGAUCCUACCUGAGGUACCUAACUCCAGGAAAUGCUCAUGGCUAUGCAACCCAAGAGGACAUGGGCAUCUCUUUCUGGCCCUUAGUUAAGUGCCUACAUUUUUUGAGGGUCUUAGGCCCAUACCUCAAUGUGUUUCCUACUGACUCUCAUAGGCAACUCAAUGUGCUGGCUGCUGAGCCCUUCUUAGAUGCCAAACUCUCCCCAUGCAGUGCAUAGGAAAGUCUUGGUGCUUACCUGGGGAUUGUGAAUUCCACCUAGUGGCAGGGUACCUAGAAUGUAAUAUUGUAAUGCUGAACUCUACAAACCCUGAGCCCCUUGUGAAUCUAGCCCUAACCUGCUAUCUCCUAAAAAUUAAAGAGACGGGAAUGGUCUUGCAAGAAAUAUCUGCAAAUUAAGUGACAGAGGUGCCCCCUCUAGUCCUACAAUAUUUAUUUAGACUUUGAUACACUUUGUCAUCCUGUGGAAUAUGUUAUCCGUAUAUUACAGUAUCAUUGAAGAAAAUACCAUAUUUUCUCUGUAGUUUCAAUUUCAGUGCCCUCAUCAAUAUCUCCUAUUUCUGUUCCUUAUACCAGUCACUUUAGCCUCUAGCAUUAUCAGCCUUCAUUCAAGCCUGUGUGGAGGGAUUUGCAGGGAAGAGGGAAAAUAAGAACUGUUGGCUUGUGCUAGUGCUAGUCAAGCUUCCAUGAUUUAGUGCACUUCCUGAAAAGCUCUGACUGGCAGGACUCCUGUAGUGUCUAGUGCACUUUAGAGGUGUCUAGUGCACUUUCUAGCAGCCCCAGAAUUAAAACCUCCACAUCUCUACAUUUACUUAAAUAUCAAAAUUAUAGAAGUUAGAGAAGAAGCCUUGAUGUAUCAUUUGCUGCAUCCAGCCCAAAGUGCCCCAGCAUCUCCAGAUACUUUGUAUGGGACUCAACCAGUUUGGAAUUUGUGCUGUUCAGUCUCUCUGCUAUUGCACAGCAGGACUGUGUUUUAGCUUCUAACUCUACCUAUUACAGCUCACCUGUAAACUACAGAUAUCACAGCCCGCACACUAUUUCAACAUGAAGCAUAAAUUUAAGAAUAAUAAUUAAUUGGCACAAUUUUAAACAUGAGAGAGCCUGUCUAUACAGAUACUAAGUCAUAUUUAAUGUCAAGCUGUCUGUCAUGCAGACCUAAUGACACUAGUGCUCUGUAGCCUGUACUGGUUACCUGUAAACUUCCUUUAAAGCUUUUUCCUUUGGAAAAAGAAACAGGAAUUACUAAGUGGCCUGAGACCAGGAUUUCUGAAGCAAACACCUCAGCAGUGGUCCGUGUUGGUGGCAAAGACAAAGGUCACAUGUCAAGACAAGUCUGCAGGUUCUUAAGCUACAAAACUUAUUUCCCUCAUGUUGUCUGACAAGGGACUGUAUUUAUAAAGCUUCAGGGCAUGCUAAAAAAAAACCCAGCAGCACACAACCAACAAGACACCUAAUGCUUUCUUUCAUUUCAUUUCAUUUCCUUUUUUUUGCUGAGAGAGAGAUUAAGGGUGUGUAAGCUGAGAGUGGGCAAUGUUAUUGUAAUAUUGUUUGAAUGAUCCAAUUUCUAUUUUCUUACCAUGUAUUUUGUAGCGUUUAUUCCUGUAAUUUGUAUAUUUUAAUUACUGUAAAAUACCUACAGUUUAAAAAAUCUAAAUAAAUUUCUGGUCUUUGAGAAGUG